AUGUUUGACUUUCUAACAACAGGCUGUGACAGUGGUUUUGGAUUUAGACUUGCCAAACGCCUGGACUCGCUGGGCUUCACGGUGUUUGCCGGCUGUCUGCUGGCAGACAGUGGUGGGGAGGGGGCGAAGAAACUCCGGGCGGAGUGCUCGAGCAGGCUGAGUACUGUUCAGAUAGACGUGACUGAUGAUGGACAGGUGAAGGCCGCUGUACAACAGGUCAAAGACAAUUUACCCACGGAGUCUGAAGGUCUCUACGCACUAGUGAACAAUGCUGGAGUCUGGCAGCCGGGAGAGAUAGAGUGGGUCAGCAUCGCCGCCUACCGACGUGUGAUGGAAGUGAACACCUUCGGUGCCGUGCGGGUCACCAAGGCGUUCUUACCUCUUAUUCGUAAGGCGAAAGGACGGGUGGUGAAUGUGACGAGUGCGGCGGGACUUCACGCCACGCCCGCUGCUGCCGCCUACUGCAUGACGAAAGCGGCUGUGGAAUUUUUCUCCGAUGCCCUGAGGCAUGAGAUGCAUAAAUGGGGUGUCAAAGUUGUCAUCGUGGAGCCUGGAAACUUCGCGCCAUCUACAGAUAUCGUGUUGCCCGAGGUCUUCAAUAAACACACUGAGGACUUACGGACCAACAUGGAAGAGGCCGUAAAGAAGGAUUAUGGCAUGGAGUACUUUGACUUCAAGAUGGAACAGUUGAGAGUUGAAAGCGAAAAUGAAGAGAAGGAUCCUACGGCUGUCAUAGACGCUAUGGUGGACGCUGUUACCCUGACCAACCCCGCCCAUCGCUACUUGGUCGGGUCGAGUUUUGAGGACUACUUGUUCUGGACAUGGCUAGGCUACUUCCCCACACUGUGGACUGACCCCACGUUAUCAACUGAGAAUGGCGGUGAACCUAAACCAGCUAUGCUGCAGGAAACGAACUAA